AGCUACAGACGUAGUUGCCGCUGUUCAUUCUCGCCUCCUCGAGUACCUCGUGUAUUGGAUUGGGUAUAAUUCGUAUACUUGUUCGAUGUUAUUUAAAAACAGCCCUUAAAACUAAGUGUGUUUUAAAGCUACUCACCCAUAUCUGUUAUACCUUAAAACCUAGUUUGAAGGAAUUGAAACAUUUUAUUUUCUCAAACUUUGUAGAAAGUGAAUUACAAAUUAAAAUACAACAUUUUUCUUGGAUAUGGCUUUUAUUUGUGUUCUUGUUUUCUCUCUGUUUGUUACAAGUCGUGAAAUCUGUGGUUAAGUGUAUAAACAAACGCAAUGAAUCGCUACUACGAGGCGUAUCCUCGACGUUCGGGGAUGUUGACUUUGCCACCUCCCCCUCUGGCGGAUCCUGGGGCAACCUGGACCUCAUACAACUCGGAGCCUGUCCGAGGAGUCGAAAGGAUCAAGCCUGAGCGGAAUCGACAUGGGAUGAAUGUGCAGAAGCUUCAGUGGAGGAACUCUCAGUGGGUGGAUGGUUUCCCUGAGAUGGUGAGCUCUAUGACAAUCGCAGAUGUAAGCCCGAGGUUUGCUGUCAAGAGGAUUCUGUUGCUCUAUGAAAACGCUCAGUAUCGUGAAGCUGCCAAUUUCAUCAACCGCCUUAGCCACUCAACUUUCAAAGCCAUUCUAAGCCAGCUUCCGAUAGACGUAUUCGUCGAGGCUAUGCCUCAUAGUGUAAGUAUCCUAGAGGCACUUUACGCCAAGGUAUUUCUGAGUUCUGAUUGCGGUGUUAAGAUACUGCGACCUGAGGCGGUGCUCAUGCAGCUUGUCAAACUCUUCACUGGAAACAACAACAGUGCUGAAAGAUGGCUGGGAAGCACGAGGAAACUAUUGAAAGUCAUCGUACUGUCAGAACCAAAACUGCGAAAGGCUCUUCAACUCCGUAGAAGAUCGUUGGAUAAAGCUGUUGAAGGGCUCGGCCAGCAUGGACUGGUCGGUACCAGCGACGAAACUUUGACCAACCUACACGAUGCUCUGAAGGUUGAAUUCCAACGGCUGGUUGAUACUUACAAAACGGCUUUGCAGAAGCUUGAAGAACUAAGUCUUUCUGGUCGCAGAGACGGUGUAAAUAAAGGCCCAGCACCGGUUCAAGCUUCUCACCAGCGGCAAUUAUCACUGAGGCAAGCUGACAUUCAAGAGAGGCUGAUCAAGAACAAAACCCUCUUAAAUGUGGUUGAGCCUGCUCUAGGAAACAGAUCACUGGCCAUCCUCCUGGCUAUUCUGCAACGUCGUGUGGAGUGUGACAAAGAUGCUCUCUUCCAGUUUACGCAGCUCAGGAAAGAACUAGGAGUGGAUUCGGAAACAGUCGUUGCACCAUUGCUGAUGAGAUAUUCCAACGCUUGUGACCAGGUGUUGGAGUUGAUGAAGGAGGUGGCUGAGGACGAAGACUCCAGUGACAUCUCUGGCUACCACAGUGACAGUGACAGUGCCAUCAUGAUGUCUGGAAAUUCUCCCUACGUCACUAAGCGCGCUCGUCACAAUUUUCUUACAAGAUCAGUGAGGUCAAGUAGCAACCGCAGUGGUCGAACGUGUCUGGUACUGAGUACUACAGGGUCCAGCAAGAGUUCUGAUAGCCCUCCAAACACUGAUCGCGGAGGUGGAGAGUGGGAGUGGAAGCCUGGUGGAGGUGUGACGUGUUGUCACAGUUGUAAGUCACGAGCAGCCUUGCAGGUUUUGCCUCCUCAUGAUGAGCGAGAGAUAGCCUCACUACAGGUGGAGCUGGAGACAACCAGAGCUGAACUAGAAAGGACCAAAGCGAGACUAGAGAUUGUGUCUUCUAAAACACCUCAGCAGGAGCUGAGUGGACCACGCCUGGUGAGGUGUUACGCCAACCUCUACUCCCAAGCUAGAGUAGACGCUCUGGAUUCACUAGACAUCCUACCUCAACUGCACGAAGCAUCAGAGCUCAAGUCCAAAAUAUUGUUUUCUGUAGUUGUGUUGGCAUUUAGGUCAGUAACUUCUCUACUGAACACAAAGCGAGAGCAGGUUCAGAGGAUUCUGCUGAAUCCAGCACCAAUAUCUUCAGCUCACAGUGAUUUAGAGGCUGCCAUCAGCACUUUCCUGCAUCGGACAGUCGACACCUUCGACCUAACUCACUCCAUUGAUGAGGUGAGUACUCAGUUGUGGGCGACGCUGUACGACUACCCUUGUCUCAAGAGCUGUGGAGGACUACAACAGUACAUCAGGGACUCAGUCAGACUUGCCUGGGCUCUUACCAACCAGAGUCCACCGUAUGUGCUGGAGUAUGAGCAGCGAGUGUUCCGCAGAGAGCUACAUGUGAGAUUCCACUCUGCCAGCCAGGACAGUGAUCACAUCCGCACCUACCUGUGGCCAGCUCUACUGCAAGGCCCCGCGGGCCCGUGUGUUCACAAAGCUGUCGUCAUUACCUAAUCUAACCAUCUCCCUAUCCUCUCUCAGCCAGUCAUCACUGUUAAGUAGUGUUAAGAUCAAUGGAAGUUUUCAGUCAACUGAGAUCUUCAACUUUGCUCAGAACCCGUUCUAAUGGACUGAUGUUUAGUGACUAUAAUCACCAUUUGUACAAUUGUGUAGUGUAUUGACUUUGUAGUAUUCCUAACCAAAUGAGACACUUUACCCACCUGACUUGUAUUAUUUACUCUUGCCAGUCUGCUGAUGAAAGUAAUUUAUUGAUGUUAGUUUAACUUAGCUUAUAAUGGGAUGUUUAAAUAAAUAUAUAAUGUUAAUUUUGUUAAA